AUGCGUAUUGGAACUUUUGGCAUUGUGCUUCCAGAGGCUACAAAAGAGAAGGUAAUUGCGAUAAAGAAGGGCGAUGCUAUUGCCCUUCCUUUUGGAGUUGUGACCUGGUGGUUCAAUCCCAAUGACACUGAACUUGUGGUACUCUUCCUCGGGGACACUUCGAAGGGCCACAAGGCUGGGCAAUUCACCAAUACCUCCAUCACUGGCACCAAUGGCAUCUUCACAGGCUUCAGUACUGAAUUUGUUAGUCGUGCUUGGGACCUAACAGAAGAUGAGGCAAUGAACCUUGUCAGUAGCCAAACCAAUUAUGGUAUUGUCAAGGUUAAGGAUUGCCAAGCAAUGCCUGAACCUUCACCGAAGUAUAGAGAGGGCAUAGUCCUCAACUGCGAGGAAGCGCCUCUAGACGUGGACAUCAAGAACGGUAGAUGUGUUGUAGUCCUGAACACUAAGAAUCUUCCACUAGUCGGACAGGUUGGCCUUGGUGCUGAUCUCGUGAGGAUCAAUGGCCAUGCCAUGUCUUCUCCUAGAUUCUCUUGUGAUUCAGCUUACCAGGUGAAUUAUAUCGUUAGAGGCAGCGGUCAUGUUCAGGUGGUCGGGGUCGACGGCAAGUGUGUUCUCAAGACACAUGUGAAGGCUAGUUAUCUAUUCAUCAUGCCAAGGUUCUUUGUUGUAUCAAAGAUUGCUGAUGCUGAUGGAAUGGAGUGGUUCUCUAUCAUAUCCAUGCCUAACCCUGUGAUCACUCAUUUAGCCGGAAAGACUUCUGUGUGGAAGGUGAUGUCCUCGGAGGUGUUGCAAGCUGCAUAUCAAGUUGACACAUGGCUAGAGAAGUUGUUUAGAUCUAAAAGGACUUCCGAUGAAAUCUUCUUCCCUCCCAAUUAAGCUAGUAGUUAGUUAGUUAGUUUCUUGCGUCCAAAUAAAGCUCAGUACAAUUUGUGUUAAGAAUUAUGAUAG